CAAAGGAAGAUAUACAACAUAUCUUUAUCACUUUUGGCAUUCAAAUUAAGAAAACAAUCCAUAUACUCACUAGUUUGGCUCUAGCUCUUCUUCCUAAAUUCUAGAGUGUCCUUAAGGCAGUGUUUGGUUUAAGGUAAUAUCCUAUACAGGGCGGAAUCUAAUGCCUGGGAUGUGAGAUUCCGAUGUUUGGUUUGCGGGUUUGGUUUUUUUUGGGAAUGCUACAUUCCCAAAACUGAAAAAGGGAAUGAGAUUACCAGUCAUCUCAAACCCAAUAAGUCCUUAGGUUUUCUAAGAUUCCCGCAACUCUCUUCCAAAAACACUCGGACGCAACUCUCUUCUUCCUUCGAACGCAGCUCCCUCCUUUCGAACGCAGCUCUCCUCUCCAGAGCUAGAGCACAUACUCCAUCGUCGAUCGAUUUAGUCCAUGGCACUCUUCAACGGUUAGAUACAUCGAGUCCGUCGCAACACUCCAUCAUCGUACUCCGUUGCUGCACUACGCCCGGCCGCCUUACUCCCUCGAUCUUCUCUCUCAGUAAACACAUAGCGUAAACAUCCUCCUGCUCCGCUCCUGCUCUGCUCUACUGUACCUGCUUGCUACAUCCUCCUUUCCCUCCACAUCAACCGCAGCUUCCAGCCACAUCAACCGCAGCUUGCAGCAGCCCAGCACUCACCGAUCAAAUCUGAAAUAGAAGGUGGAACUCCAGCCACGGCUUCUGAAGCUGCUAAGUCAACAAGAAAUGACCCAUCCAAUAUAAAUAUUUAUCUAUCUUUCGGGCCUCCAAAAUUCUAAAGGCGGGCCUGUUUUUAUCAUUUUCUUGAAUUGAGAGAUGGAUAGGUCUUGGAUAAAGGAUGGAAACAGGUUGUCUGAAGAAUACAGAAAUGGAGUUGGAUACAGUUUGAUAUGAAGAAUCAAAAUGAAGACAUGGACAAUGUUGAUAUGGAUGAACUGGAUGGGAGGCCACGUAGGCGAGAAAAGACAAAGAAGAAGAUGAUGUUGAAGAAAAGUGGUGAUCAUAAAGUGAUUGUGGAAGUUAAUGAGCUUGAUGUUUUAGCAGGUAAGGGCUGGACGGAACUGUCUAAUUACCUUAGGGUUAUAGUCAGGGACCAUGUGCCCAUAGUGUACCAUGACUGUAGAAGAGUCCCGCUUAAGUUGAAAAAUGAUAUGUUGACGCAUAUUCAGGAUCUGUUUGUGUUGCCUACUAAUUCAGAGAAACAUAUACUCCAAACAAUGGGAGCUGCACAUAAAAAUUUUAGGUGCACUUUGUACACUGAAUUCAUUGCACAACACAUGGAUGAGCCCGAGAAGUUAAGCUUACCUCCAAAAGAAUAUAAGCACAUUGGUACUGAUGAAUGGAGAAUAUUUGUGAAGAGGUGCUUUACAGUAGAAUUCCAGGAAAAAAGCAAAAAAGCAUGUGAAAAUCGAAAGAAGAAUAUAUAUAAUCACCGAUUAGGUUCAACAGGUUAUGGAGGGUUACUUUUAAAGAAGAAAGAACAACUUGGAAGUAAUGUCAACGACAUUGAUCGAGCGGAUACAUGGCUCUUGGGAAGAGAAAGAAAAGAUGGUGGAUAUGAUCCUGAGGUUUUGGAAGUUGCAGAAGAAAUAAAGGAGCUCAAAAAUAAGGUGAAGGAAGGAUCAUUUGUGCCUCGUGGAGACGAUGAUGUGCUCUCAGUUGCUCUUCAGAAAAAACCAAAUGGCAGUAGAGUACAGGGGUUGGGGCACUUCAUUACCCCAACACGAUACUUUUACAUGCCAAAGGCAACCAAAACCGAGAAGGACAAAGUACAAGACGUAUGUGAUAGAAGGUAUGAAAUGAUGUUGCAGAAGUUUAGUGAAAUGAAAGAUCAUGUGUCCAAUGCUUUUAGUGAAAUUGGUAGUUGCAGCAAUGCCAAUAAAUCUCAGAAAAGAAAGGUUGGUGAUGACGUUGAGCAGUCGAUACUUAGUCCUUUGAAGGAACGCUGCAGUGCUCCUAGAAAAUCUCCCAGGUUGAAGUUGAAACAUGCUGAAAUGGAGGGUAAUAAUGAACAACCCAAGGGUGAGAGUCAUGGAAUGCAGAAGACUGUUGGAGAGGUGGAGAAACCAGUAUUUACUCAUCGGAAGAAGCUAUUUGGAAGCGUUCCCAGAAAUUCCCCUCAGCACAUAAACACGGAUACUUUAGGACAAGCCAAUGCUCACUCCCAUGAUAUGGAUAUGAAUGAAGAGGAAUAUCAGUCAAUAGCAAAUAUGGAGAAUGACCGAGUGGAGGGAAAACAAAAACAGGGGUGCGAGGUGGUAUUUGUGAAAGAGAUAAGGACUGGAAUGAAAGCUAAGUCCCAGCUAAACGUGCAAAGAAUGACCAGGUCCGUUGCUGAAAAUAGAAAGGAACAAAGCGCUAACAUGAUGAUGUUUUGCAUUUUAGUGGAAAAUUGUUUAGGAGAGAUGAACAGCAUCAAGCAAGAUGCUGAAAAUUUUGGAUUCCAAACAAAAACUAUGUUUAACAAGGAGGUUUGCCGCUCUGUUAUCAACUUUCAGCAGGUUUCAAAUUCAGUUGUUGAAAUUUGGGCGAGGUACUUGCAUGAGAAAAUGGAGGCUGAUGGAGGGGACAUGCCAGUCCAGUUUGGUACUCCUGCUGCCAUAGCAAUACCAAAGAGGGCAUCACACCAAGCGGUUACUAGGAGGUCACAAUACAUAGCUGAUCUUUUGGAUAUUUCCUUGCUUGGACAAAUGACUUUAAUCCCCUAUAAUACCGGGAAUCAUUGGGUGUUGGUCGCCAUCGACAUGGCGGCUGAAACGAUUUACUACCUAGAUUCCUUGGGAGGAAUUCCAUCGAAGGAUUUGGAGGAAAUCAUGAAUCAAGGGGUGAUGAUUAAUCAUGCCCAAAAAUCCAAGAAAAGGUUGAAUUUAAAAUGGGUGAGAGUGAUGUGCCCUAAGCAAACAGGAGGAGUUGAGUGUGGUUACUUUGUGAUGAAGUACAUGAAGGAUAUUGUAUCUGACGUGAAUCGUUUGAAACAGAAUUUCUCUACCGUCAAGGAGUAUACCGAAGAUGAUAUUUUACAAGUGCGUGAGGAGUGGGCUUUGUAUGCUGCUACUUUGAUAAAAAAUGUGCAAGCGGAUCCUACAAAGGCUUGAUGAUAUGCACGGGGAGAUGCAUUUCUGAUUAUUGUUGAUGGCGGUUAGAAUGGUCGGUGUUAUGUUAUGUUUGUAGAAUGUAGAGGCAGGUCAAACUUUUGAUAACUAAACAUUGGUACCUGUUGGGAAUGUGACUUGUUUGUAUUUUAGCAUCUUCAAUGAUGCUUGGUAGUAGUUUUUUUGCUGAAUUUCAAUAGCCGGUUUUUUGCGGGAAUAUUGCAUGCUCGAAUUUUUCUAUAUCUUUUAUCCGGCGGUAGGAAAUGUAAUUGAACAAGAAUGUGAAAUUGUUACUGAAUAUUAUAUGUUAAAUGAUGUGUUUUGGGUAUCCAUUAAUUUUUGGA